UAGCCUAUUUUUCCUUCUCCUACCGCAUCCCUACUUUUUCCUUCCUCAGCCCUGGCACCAGCAGCAGGUCAUUCUUCCUGCACACAGCUGAGGAUCAACAGCAGCUUCCUCCUCCUCUUCCUCACUCUCCUCUCUCUCCCUCUCUCACUCACACGCCUCUCAGUUGCAGCUGAGCACUAACAGAACCUCUCAAGAACACAAACACACACACACACACACAAAGAAAACAGUAAGAGGAUCGGGAUGCGGAUGUGUGUUUCCAGCGUGACGGCAGUUGCCUCCUGCCGUCGCGUCCAGGCUGCUUGGAAGCUCACCUUCCCCCUGCUUCUCCUCCUGCUGCUGCCGGGCAGAGGUGUCCAGGGUGUCCCCUCUCCUUUCCAGCUGGCUCCGGACACCCCCUCGCCGGCCGAGCCCAGCCCGACCCAACCCACACCUCGCCCGGACCCCUGCGAAGGCCGGCCCUGCCUCAACGGGGGGCUCUGUCUUGCCCUCCUGCCUCCGCUCAGGCUGGAGAGCAGCUGGGAGUACACAUGCACCUGCAGCCAGGGCUUCACUGGACACAACUGUGAGUUUUUCACAGACCCCUGUGCCAGCAGCCCUUGUCUCCAUGGAAACUGCAGCCGGAGCGAAGGCGGGGAGGAGGGCGAGCCGGCCUACUCGUGCGAGUGCACAGAAGGCUACGAGGGAGAGAGGUGCGAUCAGAUCUUGCUGGACCUGCCGCCCGCCGCCGACUGGGGCCCGGCCACCCCCUCCGCUCCCGAGCUGGCCACACCGGUGACCUCCACAACGACGGCUACGACUCCGCCCCAGCAGCCAACCACAGUCCCGGCCACCACCACGCCGGCGCCGCCCACCCUGCAGCCGUGGCAGCCCAAGCCCGGGCAGAGGCUGCUGGUUGUGCAGUGGGAUGCAGACAGGGUCACCGAGGGUCUGCACUGUGUGAGCCCUGAGCUCUGUGAGCUGACGUCAGGGACCCUGACUCUGUCUCUGGAGGUGCCUGAAGAAACCGCCGUGAAGGUGCUGGUGAACGCCAGUGGAGCUCCGGUGCUGUGGCGUGUGAGUGAAGAGGGUUUCCUCCGCUCGUCUAUUCUGAACGGCACCACCAUAUGGUUUCUGCAGGCCCCGGACGGCCUGGUGGUACCAGACCGUUUGCUGCCCCUGGGACAGAACUACUUCCUCAGCGUGAUCCGUGUUGGCGCUCCCACGACCCCGGAGGUCACGCUGCGUCUCAACCUGACGGUGAAGGCCAGCAGCUGCGUGGAGCCCGGCAGCAGCUUCAGCGAUCCUCAGUGUUCUGGGAAAGGGAAAUGCGUCACGCAGCUGUCGGAGAGCACUUUCUUCUGUGAGUGUGAGGACGGCUACACCGGGAUCUUUUGCGAAGAGCUCGACGCCUGCCACCACCGGCCCUGUUGGAACAACGCCACCUGCACUGACGUCAGACAAGGUGGCGAGGGGCAAAACUUCACAUGUACCUGCCCACCAGGUUAUGAAGGCGAGCGCUGCCAAAUGCUGGUUGACCACUGCCUCUCUCAGCCUUGUAAGAAUGGAGCCACCUGCUUCAGCAGCUUGGCUGGACCCAGGUGCUACUGUCCCGAAGGGUACCAAGGAGCCACAUGUGAGCAGAAGGUGGAUCCGUGUGGCUCCAGCCCGUGUCAUAACAACGGCACAUGCUACGGCCAGGGCCCCGGGCCCCUGGGAUUCGGCUGUAGCUGCACAGCAGGUUUCACCGGCCCCACAUGUGCCCAGCUAGUGGACUUCUGCGCCCUGAACCCUUGCGCCCACGGCGUGUGCCGCAGCGUGGCCAACAGCUACAGGUGUCUGUGUGUUCCAGGCUACCAUGGCUUGUACUGCGAGGAGGAGUUCAACGAGUGUCUGUCUGCGCCCUGCCAGAACUACGCCACCUGUAGGGAUCUCAUUAAUGCCUAUGAGUGUGUCUGCACGCCACAGUUUGAAGGAAAGCACUGCGAGAUCUACAAGGAUCCCUGCGUGAAUGUACGCUGCCAGAACGGCGGUCGAUGUGAGAGUAGUGGACUUAAUGCUUCUUGUGCCUGUCCAUCCGGAUAUGUAGGGGAGGAGUGCGAGGUUGACAUCAAUGAGUGCGAGAGCAACCCUUGUCACCACGGUGGCACCUGCAUCGACCAAUCAAACGGAUACACCUGCCACUGCCCGCUUGGGUGGGUUGGCCCCAGCUGUGAAAUCCACCUGCAGUGGAAACCAGCGCACACUGAGGACACCCUGACCAACAUGCCUCGCCACUCGCUGUACAUCAUCAUCGGAGCGCUGUGUGUGGCAUUCGUCCUCAUGCUCAUCAUCCUCAUAGUGGGCAUCUGCCGCAUCAGCCGCAUCGAGUACCAGGGAUCAUCGCGCCACGCAUACCAGGAGUUCUACAACUGCCGGAGCAUCGACAGCGAGUUCAGCAAUGCUAUCGCCUCCAUCCGCCAUGCCAGAUUUGGAAAGAAGUCUCGGCCUGCCAUGUAUGAUGCCACCCCCAUCGCCUACGAGGACUACAGUCCAGAUGACAAACCUCUGGUCACCCUCAUUAAGACAAAGGAUUUGUAAAAGUCCACAAACUCAAACCAUAACAAGCUGUAUGUAUAGUGCAUACGCAGAUACAAACUCACAUGUCUAUAAAAAUGAAAGUAUUUCUUAAAACAAACAUAACAGCAAAAUCUCAUUUGAAUGUAAAGAAAUAAAAGAAACAUGGCGUAGCUAAAAAGAAGCAAAUCUGGAGUUUGAUACCAUAUCUAUUUUCCUGAGGAUAAGGCUUUGUAGUAGCAUACUUUGCAUUACUUUUAAGUUACAGAUGCUGAGCAGCAUUUGCAGUACCCUCUGCUGCCCAAUAAAUAGUUGAUUUUAGUCUGAACCAGACGAUCUGUAGGAGGAGGUCCAACAAAUAAAGGCAGUAGA